AUCACACUUCAAAAGAAAAUGGAAUAAAUAUAAGGCCAAGGGAAAAAGAAGCUUUAAUGGCUUUUCCAAAUUCCAUAUUCUUUUGCUGCUUCUACUACAGUACAGUGUGCAUCAUUUUCAUCUGUAAGUCCCAUUCUCUCUAACUCUGUCUCUGCACCUUUCAGCUAUCACUUACUUCAACGCAAUAUCACAUCCCGUUCUUGUUUUUCUAAGUGUGACUAGCAGAUUUUGUUUCUUAUCCAUCUUCUUCAAGAUGGUUUUCGGAUUUUACCCCUGUGGUAGGUCUAAUUUAUAGCUUCUGCCACUGAGCUUUCUCUUCAGCUUGUCCAAUAUUUAGCUUCUAACCCAUCUUGGUAAAGAUGGGCUUUAGCUUUUCAUCGCUGUGAUUGCCUUAAUUUUUCAGCUACUGCCGCCAAGCUUAGCUGUUGUUGUUCUUCAACCUUCUUUCACUUGUCUAAACCCUCUAUUUGUUAGUCAUGGAACACAAAUGGGUUUCAGUGUUUUGCCACUGUAAUCCUCUCAACUUACGUGCACUGCUACUGAUAUUCUUUGUGCUUCUAUGUUCAAACCUUUCUCAAAGUGUCGACCUUUACCCAGAUGACAAAGCCUCAGUUUUGCUAUUUAGGUCAUGCCUCCAAGACCCUAGCCAGAGCUUGUCCAGCUGGGUUGGGUCUGACUGUACCAACUGGACUGGAAUCACCUGCGAAAACCAGACUGGCAGAGUGGUUUCAGUUAAUUUGACCAACAUGAACUUGUCUGGCCAAAUUCACCCCAACUUGUGCAAACUUCCAUUUCUUGAACAUUUGGUUUUGUCCGGAAACAACUUUACUUGCACAAUUCCGUUAUGUUUUGGCACUCUACGCAGUCUCAAAACUCUACAUCUUGGUUACAAUGGGUUUUAUGGUACUGUGCCUGAUACACUUAUGCGGCUUUGGCAGUUGAAAGAACUUGUUUUGAAUGGUAACAAGGAUUUGGGAGGUCUUAUUCCUUGGUGGGUAGGUAAUUUCUCAGCACAGUUGGAAAAACUAGAUAUAGGUUUCAAUUCAUUUCAUGGGGAAAUUCCUGAAAGCUUGUUGUACUUGAAAUCUUUGAAAUAUUUAGAUCUCGGGAACAAUAAUUUAUCUGGUACUCUAAGUGAUUUUCACCAAUCCUUGGUGUUUCUCAAUCUUGGGUCGAAUCAGUUUUCCGGUACUUUGCCUUGUUUCUCUGCUUGUGUUCAGUCUCUUAGAGUUUUGAAUCUGGCUAACAAUUCUGUUAUGGGAGGAAUGCCUACAUGUAUGGCUUCACUUCAAGCUUUGAAGCAUCUAAACCUUUCAUUCAAUCACUUGUCUUAUGAAUUAUCUCCAAGACUUGUGUUUUCAGAGAAGCUUCUUGUGUUGGACUUGAGUAACAAUGAUCUGUCUGGUCACCUUCCGAGCAAGAUUGCAGAGACAACUGAGAAGUCUGGGCUUGUUCUUCUUGAUUUAUCUCACAAUCGUUUCUCCGGUGAAAUCCCAUUGAAGAUUACAGAACUGAAAAGCUUGCAGGCCUUGUUUCUAUCCAACAAUCUUCUUGUUGGGGAAAUUCCAGCGAGGAUUGGAAAUUUGACGUAUCUCCAAGUGAUUGAUCUCUCACACAACUUGUUAUCAGGUUCAAUUCCAUUGAACAUCGUUGGUUGUUUUCAGCUGCUUGCAUUGAUACUCAAUAACAACAAUCUUUCUGGUGAAAUUCAACCGGAACUUGAUGCAUUGGAUAGCUUGAAGAUACUGGACAUUAGCAACAACAAGAUAUCUGGUGAGAUCCCACUUACUUUAGCAGGCUGUAAAUCUCUGGAGAUUGUAGAUUUCAGCUCCAACAAUCUCUCUGGAACUUUGAGUGAUGCAAUCACCAAAUGGUCGAACCUCAGGUAUCUGUCCCUAGCUCAAAAUGAAUUUAGUGGAAAUCUGCCCAGUUGGCUCUUUACUUUUCAAGUGAUCAGAAUGAUGGAUUUCUCAGGAAACAAAUUUUCUGGCUUCAUACCAGAUGGUAACUUUAACAUGAGCAUAAAUUUUAAGAAUGGAGAGCUUGAUAAAAUGCAGAGAGAGCCGUUUGGUACAAUGCACAAUGCGGAUACAAAAGUUUUUAUUAUUGUCACUGGUAGCACUGAAUUAAGCUUCAGUUAUGUACUAUCUUCGGUGGUUGGAAUUGAUUUCUCUAACAAUGUGCUAGAUGGGGAGAUUCCAGUGGGACUAUUUGGAUUACGUGGUUUGCAAUACCUGAAUUUGUCACACAAUUUUCUUCAGGGUCGUGUUCCAGAUUUAGAGAAGAUGCGGAGUUUAAGGGCCUUGGAUAUAUCACACAAUUCUUUGUCAGGUCAUAUUCCUGGAAACAUUUCCAGCCUUCAAGACCUGACUCUUUUGGAUUUGUCAUAUAACUGUUUCUCUGGAUUUGUUACAAAGAAACAAGGAUAUUGGAGGUUUCCAGGAGCAUUUGCUGGAAAUCCAGAUUUGUGUUUGGAGUCCUCUGAUGGAGGGUGUGACCCAGCAAGCCUCCCCGUGGUGCCGGGUAAUGCACUUGAAGGGGAAGAGGACGAGGGGUGGAUUUCUGUUUGGGUUUUUUGUCUAAGCGCUUUCCUCAGUUUCUACUUUGGGGGUUUGGCCCUCUUUUGCUCACCUCGAGCACGAAAUUACAUUCUCCAGACAAAAGCUUAGUGUAAUGUACAUGUUGAUGUGGAGGAAAACGAUAAGAUGUACAUUUUAAUUACUCU